AUGCUGCUUGCGGUGAUUGCUACGACGUCUGAAUCGAUGUCGUCGACUCCCAACGGCUGCGCAAACCCAAGGCCAUGCUCACCAACAAAAAUACACUUAGAGACCAAAUCUUCCACCGAAGUUAGUGCUGGAUUACGUUCGAUUGAGCAUUAUAGACAGAAACUUCCACCAUGGAGAUACCACACAAGGCAAGUAAUCUUACCUCUAGUGCGACUAGAGACUCCAUAUCUCGCCUGGAUUCAGAGAUCAAUGAGGACUCCCGCUCUAGACACGUACUUUGCUACCACCGCCAACCUCGGCACGCACACUUUCUUCAUGAUUGUCUUGCCCAUACUCUUUUGGUGUGGCUACACCUCCCUGGGUAGAAGGAUGGUCCACAUCCUUGCAACGGGAGUGUUCUGUACGGGGUUCUUAAAAGAUAUGCUCUCCUUACCACGCCCAUUAACACCCCCCCUUCACCGCAUCACAACGUCUGGAUCUGCUGCACUAGAAUAUGGCUUUCCCUCUACGCAUUCUGCAAACGCCGCCUCAGUUGCUGUGCACGUACUAUUAAUGCUUAACUCGCCCAGCUGCCAAUUUCACGAGCCACUUCGGCUCAUCUUGAAGGCCGCGGCCUACUCAUACGCCUUUUCAAUAAUCCUUGGUCGCUUGUACUGUGGAAUGCAUGGAUUCCUCGAUGUAAUCGUCGGUAGUAUGAUCGGAGUGGUGAUAUCGUAUACCGAGUACGCAUAUAGCUCCCGAGCUGAAAAGAUAUUGUACCAAAGUUCAUGGCUCGCACCCAUCGCUGUAACCCUAUUCAUCAUUUUUCUCAUAAGAAUUCACCCAGAGCCAGCUGACGACUGCCCAUGCUAUGACGAUACCGUGGCAUUUGCUGGUGUUCUGAUUGGUGUAGAGGUUGGAGGAUGGCAUUAUGCAAGGGGCGGCUGGGCUUGGGAUAAUCCUGUUCCAGCUACUGUACCAUUUGAUUUGCAGCAGAUGGGAUGGACGGUAGCCGUAUUAAGGGUCUUUGUCGGCGUAUUUGUGAUAUUUGCUUGGAGAGAAAUCACCAAACCUGCCAUGCUCAAGUUUCUCCCGCACAUUUUCAGGAUCAUCGAAACACAUGGCUUAAUUAUUCCCCGGAAAUUCUUCAAGCCAGCCUCAGAAUACAACAUCAUACCCUCUAAACUAAAGGUAGACAAUGUGAUGCCUACUGCACACGACUUUUCGGGCUUUUUCGCUUUCGUCCGCCACCCAAGUCGUGGCCGUUCAGUCGUCAUCGGACCUCAGUCAGCCGCUGAUGCUUAUGAAGCUCUAGCGCGCCUUGAAAUUUAUUCUCAGGCGUGUAACUGUCAUGAAAAUUGCACUAAACACCAGACACAUCUAUCGUACAGCAAAACCAACAGUGUGUCAUCGUCCAUUUCUCCGCAUGGAGAAGGAGAAGAUAUGAUGAUGCGUUUUUCCGGAGCUGAAUCUUCACCGAAACUUCCCAAAUCUUUUUGGCGCUCGUCGCCUAGGCCGCAGGAGGGACUGGAAGAUUUGGCAGGUAAGCAAACCGGAGUCGGCAGGCAGGAAAUCAUGGAGAGCAUUCCGCAGCCUCGCGUGCGCUACGACGUCGAAGUCGUCACCAAACUCGUUGUCUAUGCAGGUAUUGCCUGGCUUGCGGUUGAGGGGAAUCCCAUUAUCUUUGAAAUGAUCGGUUUGGGUCUUGGGUCUGCUCCGAGCCGUGUCAGCUAG